AUGCAAAGCAGAGUCUGGUCUGCUGUGCAUCCAGUUCCCCGAAUAGACGAAGUAGAAAUAUUCACCCAGGUAGACGACCUCGCCGUCCCGGGUGCCGGGUUAAGACAUCUCGAUUUCCCGGUCGAUGUUCAAUCGAUGUUGGAAGGCCUUUUUGUGCCUCCAAAUGCUCAGCAACAAGUUCCGGUUCAUUCGACGCCCGCUCACCCCCCGCCUGUACCUCCCGCUGAGCCGCCAAGGGUAAGGUUAUAUGGGAAUGAACAAGACAUACUGAAUUCUUACUAUAUUUAUAUCCACUACUACUUCCCCAUCUUCCCCCCACCACACUCACCGAUAGCCGUUGACCGGCCAUUGAACACACCAGUCAAAGCUCCAGCUACCCCUACCUCAGACCCCGUCCUUCCAUACAAGCCCAAAUCUCCUGUCACUCUGGCUAUCUCGGCCGUACUAGCGUUGAUCCCUCACCCCCGGGAUCCGAACUCAUUUGCACCCGAAUCAGUACUCCUUCGAAGAGCUUAUGCUCAUGCUUUUGCCCGAGAAGCUGUUACAAGUAUCGAAGCAGAAUCAGACCUCCAAGAAUCUGUCACCAGUCCAUCCGAAGCUCUGACCCAUAAUUCAACCGUACCUACCAGGCUGAUGGUCCACCCACUCACCCCAAUUGACCUCGAAGGCAUCCUUGCCCUUCUUAUCCUAAGUAUAUACGAAUAUACUCAAAGGGGAAACCUGAUCAAAAUGCGGCAUAGAGCGGGCCAGGCGUACAUUAUGGCAAUGAACCUUUCAUUACAUGCCAUCACGCACGACGACAGCCCGUUCGCCGAAGCCAGAAGAAGAGCAUGGUGGAUGACUUUCUACUGCGUUUGUCAAGGAUCCAUUGUGGGUACCGUGCCGAUAACGAUAUUAACACAUGACCCCCGGUUUACAACGCCAUAUCCGCGAUUUACAUCCGAUUCUAGAGCAUGGUCUAUAUUAAUUCAAGCACAGCAGGCGCUGGUCGCCGCCACCCAGUAUAUCAUCGACUUUAAUCGGGCAAUGAGGGCAAAAGCGAACCUGGCCAUCAUCUUUGAACGGAUGGGAAAGCUCACGGCCUGGACUUCAUCUAUACUAGCACAAAUAGAUGCACCACUCCAGGAAUCCUCAGUUGCUCCCCCUCAAGAUAUAGAAAGUAUCACGGCUCAAAGUAUUCGAUAUAUUUCACGAAUAAAGCUGUGCAGUGCACGGAUAAAGACACAUCGAUUCCGUGCCUUUCUCGACAUACCAAUAUUUAUCAAAAAGCACUGUGACUUGACUUGUGCGAGCAUAAGCAGUCCGACCACAGAGAGCUCUCCAAGCGCACUGGAAUACCAGGAUACUAUACAGCCGAUAGCCUGUUGUUCCAGUAACUUCAGCCAACUCCCAGCUGCGCCUCCUGCAAAUACCCAGUUAGAAAGCCCCAUCUCUUCCAGCUCCCCAAUAUCCGAUACUUCCGGAUCUCGAUGGAUACCCGGGGAUUCGUUUCCUUUCUCGAAUUAUACAUCGACCAGCAUAUGUCUGGAGGCUGCGCUAUCCAUCGCUCAGAUGUUCGACAGUCUACCGUAUCCCAAGCCCACAUAUGACAAGGAGUACUCGUCCCUGGGAUUCACGCCCGUUGUUCCUCGGACAAUGCCUUCAUUUGCCUGUUGCGCGAUGCAGAGCAGUUACGCUAUGCUUAUGCUUUACUAUAAGUCUCGCGCAAUUAAUCCGGGGAUGGUCGAAAGCCCGCUAAGCGACACAGACCAGCUUGGUGAAGAGCUACAACAUGGCCUAGAGUGCGUUAUUGGUGCUGUACGGAAUUAUUCUAUGGCUUUUGAAGCGCUAGGUGGGAUGAGAGAUGAGAUUGAGGGAGCAUUUCUCACGGCAUUCCCGCAAGAUUAG